CAGCCACUUCCGGCAGGCGCUGCGCUGCUAGGGGGUGCAAGUGAGGAUGGCGGCAGAGAGCGAGGCCAGCCAGGAGAGCGCUCUGGGCGCCUACUCGCCAGUAGACUACAUGAGCAUCACCAGCUUCCCGCGGCUGCCGGAGGAUGAGCCGGCGCCUGCCGCUCCGCUGAGGGGACGCAAGGACGAGGAUGCCUUCCUGGGAGACCCCGAUACUGACCCGGAUUCCUUCCUGAAGUCGGCGCGACUGCAACGGCUGCCAUCGUCGUCGUCGGAGAUGGGCAGCCAGGACGGGUCACCGCUAAGAGAGACUCGCAAGGACCCAUUUUCCGCGGCAGCGGCCGAGUGCUCUUGCCGCCAAGAUGGGCUUACGGUCAUCGUCACUGCCUGCCUCACCUUCGCUACCGGCGUCACUGUGGCGCUGGUCAUGCAAAUCUACUUCGGGGACCCCCAGAUCUUCCAGCAGGGUGCUGUGGUGACUGAUGCUGCUCAAUGCACAUCACUGGGCAUGGAGGUGCUCAGUAAACAGGGAUCUUCCGUGGAUGCAGCUGUAGCAGCAGCCUUGUGUUUAGGGAUCGUGGCUCCACACAGUUCUGGCUUAGGCGGUGGGGGCGUAAUGCUGGUACAUGACAUCCGUCGAAACGAAAGCCAACUAAUUGAUUUCCGGGAGUCUGCACCAGGGGCCCUCAGGGAAGAGGCCCUGCAGAGGUCCUGGGAAACCAAGCCUGGGCUCUUGGUGGGGGUCCCCGGAAUGGUGAAGGGGCUACAUGAAGCUCAUCAGCUCUAUGGCAGGCUGCCAUGGUCCCAAGUCCUGGCCUUCGCUGCAGCUGUGGCCCAAGAUGGUUUCAACGUGACCCAUGAUCUAGCCCGGGCCUUGGCUGAGCAGCUGCCUCCCAAUGCAUCUGAGCGCUUCCUGGAGACAUUCCUGCCCUUGGGCCACCCACCACUGCCUGGCUCCCUGAUGCGUCGUCCUGACCUGGCAGAGGUGCUGGAUGCACUUGGCACUUCUGGCCCUGCUGCCUUCUACAACGGUGGCAACCUCACACUGGAGAUGGUGGCUGAGGCUCAGCAUGCAGGGGGCGUCAUAACUGAAGAGGACUUCAGCAACUACAGUGCCCUUGUGGAGAAGCCUGUGUGUGGGGUGUACAGAGGCCACCUGGUUCUGAGUCCUCCACCCCCACACACAGGCCCUGCCAUCAUCAGUGCUCUGAACAUCCUUGAGGGCUUCAAUCUCACCAGCCUGGUAUCUCGGGAACAGGCUCUUCACUGGGUGGCAGAGACCUUGAAGAUUGCAUUAGCCCUGGCCAGCAGACUGGGAGAUCCCAUCUAUGAUUCUACCAUCACUGAGAGCAUGGAUGACAUGCUCAGCAAGGUGGAGGCUGCCUACUUCCGGGGCCACAUCAAUGAUUCUCAGGCAGCCCCUGCCCCUCUCCUGCCUGUCUAUGAGCUUGAUGGGGCUCCCACCGCUGCCCAGGUGCUGAUUAUGGGCCCUGAUGACUUCAUCGUGGCAAUGGUCAGUUCCCUGAACCGGCCCUUUGGCAGUGGCCUCAUCACCCCCUCGGGGAUCCUGCUCAACAGUCAGAUGCUGGACUUCUCCUGGCCCAACAGAACUGCUAACCAUUCUGCACCCAACCUGGAGAACUCAGUGCAGCCAGGGAAGCGGCCACUCUCUUUCCUGCUGCCCACUGUGGUCCGACCGGCAGAGGGGCUCUGUGGGACCUACCUUGCCCUGGGGGCCAACGGAGCUGCCCGGGGCCUCAGUGGUCUGACCCAGGUACUGCUGAAUGUCCUGACCUUGAACCGGAACCUGAGUGAGAGCCUGGCCCGAGGCCGCCUUCACCCAGACCUGCAGUCCAACCUCCUGCAGGUGGACAGUGAGUUCACAGAGGAAGAGAUAGAAUUCCUGGAAGCCAGGGGUCACCACGUGGAGAAGGUAGAUGUCUUAUCCUGGGUCCAUGGCAGUCGGAGAACCAACAACUUCAUCAUCGGUGUGAAGGACCCGCGGAGCCCAGAUGCAGCUGGAGCCACCAUCCUGUAGAGCAGCGGGGUGGGGCGGGGUCUCUGCUCCCCACCUUUGCAUGUUCCCAGAGUCCUUCCUUCUCCCAAGUUUGGUCUCAGGGGGACCCCAGAUUAGGGGCCAGAGGGAAUGCUUAGCAAACCCUAUCCCAGAGUAAUUGAAAAAUUCUCCAUCAUGAGGCCUGUGGUGGUGGUGGUAGUUAAUGUCAGUGUCCACGACUAGGCAGGGGACCUUGAGGGGUCUUUCUCCUCUCUUCUUUUAGCCAUGCUGGCUCUGAGCUUAGGGAUAUGCUUGCAAACCCUUCUCAAGGGUGUUAUAACCCUAACAUCUACAGACUAUCCUGACCUGGGCCUUGUCUUCCAGCUCCUUUAUCCUGUUCCCAGCCUCAUUUCUUAAAUGAUUAGGAUUUUUUUAAAUGGACCAUCGUGGGAAGAAAGUAAUCCUCUCCUCCUACCAGGUUGAGGUGGGGACCUUGCAUCUGGGGGUCCCCGGGGUGUGGGGUAGGGGUGGGGGUGGGGACCAGCUCAGGGGCUUCCAUUUGCAAAGGGAAAUUAAAGAAAGAAUAUUGCUUA